AUGGCGCCAAAGUACCUGACUGGUGACAGCCAGGCGAUCAAUGAUUUUCUUGAUCGGUUCGAUGUAUUUCUGUUUGACUGCGAUGGCGUGUUAUGGUCCGGGGAUAUCGUCUUUGAUGGAACUGUCGAAACUUUGGAAAUGCUGAGAAACAAAGGGAAGCAGGUCGUCUUCGUAACCAACAAUAGCACCAAGUCACGACUUGAUUACAAGAAGAAACUGGACAAACUUGGAAUUCCCGCUACUCGCGAGGAAGUAUUUUCCUCCUCUUUCAGCGCAGCCGUUUAUAUCUCCAGGAUCUUGAACCUACCUCCGAACAAACGCAAGGUGUUCGUCCUCGGAGAGACCGGCAUCGAGCAAGAACUCCAAGCUGAGAAUAUCCCAUUUAUUGGCGCCACAGAUCCGGCCUACCGUCGCGACGUUUCCGCUGAAGACUACAACAAGAUCGCCGCCGGCGACCCUUCUCUUCUCGACCCAGAGGUCGGCGCCGUCCUCGUCGGCCUAGACUUCCACAUCAACUACCUCAAAAUAUCCCUUGCAUAUCACUAUAUCCGGCGCGGCGCACUUUUCCUCGCCACCAAUAUCGAUAGCACGCUUCCCAAUGCUGGGACCCUGUUCCCCGGCGCAGGCACCAUAAGUGCGCCAUUGAUCCGGAUGCUCGGGGGCACGGAGCCGAUAUCCCUCGGAAAGCCGAGCCCAGAGAUGAUGGUGGCUGUUGAGGGGAAGUUCAAGUUCAAUCGACAACGAGCGUGCAUGGUGGGUGACCGGUUGGAUACGGAUAUUAGAUUCGGGAUCGAAGGAGGACUAGGCGGAACGCUGGGAGUUUUGACCGGCGUGAGUUCCAAAGAUGACUUUGAGGCUGCGACGCUUCCACCAAUGGCGUAUGUGGAUAAGUUGGGAGAUUUGCUUGGGGGUGCAUAG